AUGAUUGUUUAUUUUGUAUCAUGGUUGGUAAUUCGUUCAUCAGAAAAGAAAGUAAAGAUUAGAUUAUUUAACGAUCCACUAAAAAUGAGCAAAAUUUCAAGCGAACAAGUCAGACAAACCGUAGGUAACAUCCUUAAGGAAUCCGUCGAAGCCAAGCGUAACUUCACUGAGACCAUUGAACUCCAAAUCAAUCUCAAGAACUACGACACCAAGAAGGACAAGCGUUUCUCUGGACAAAUCAAGCUUGCCACCGUCACCAAGCCAAAGCUCAGAAUCUGCAUCUUUGCCGAUCAACAACAUUGUGAUGAAGCCACCAAGAUCGGUGCUGAAUUCAUGGAUAUCGAAGCUCUCAAGAAGAUCGGUCCAAAGAACAAGAAGGGUAUCAAGCAACUCGCCAAGAGCUACGAUGCUUUCCUUGCCUCUGAAACCAUCCUCCGUCAAGUCCCAAAGUUGUUGGGUCCAGGUCUCAACAAGGUCGGUAAGUUCCCAACCCUCCUUACUCACAACGAAGACAUGGCCACCAAGAUCAACGAAGUCAAGUCCACCAUCAAGUUCCAAUUGAAGAAGGUCCUCUGUUUGGCCGUCGCCGUCGGUCACGUCAACCUCACCGAAAGAGAAAUCGCCACCAACGUCAUCCAAGCCAUCAAUUUCUUGGUCUCCCUCCUCAAGAAGCAAUGGCAAAACGUCAAGACCCUCUACAUCAAGUCCACCAUGGGUCCAUCUCACAGAAUCUACUAA